AUGCUGCCUUCAUUAGAACUUGCUAAACAACUAUCAACUCAUUGUCAUGUUACAUAUCUUAUUUCAGCAAAUAAAAUCAAGGAACUUGAAAGUAAAGGUUUUAUUCCCAUCUCCAACGUUAACAGAACACUUGAUAUUGUUGGUUUAAUUGAUGGAAAUGAUGAUAUACCUGAAUUUGAACUUCAAGAUUCUCAAAUUAAACUGAACAAUACGACAAAACUAAGUCUUGACAAUCGUCAAAAAUUGAUAUUUAAUAAUGUAAUCAAUCGAAUGGGUACAGCACUUAAUCAAUUAUUUCAUUCAAAUCAAAGUCAAUUCUCAUUACAACCUCUUACUACUCAACAUAUUUCUUUACCUAUCGAUACGAUUAUCAUUCAACCAUUUACUCCAUUAUCAUUAUCUCAAUUUUCAAUACCUAUUCAUCUAUUCUUACCUAGUAAUCUUGACGAUAAUAUAUCAAAUAUUAUACUUGAAAUUGAUAAACUAUUAACAUCAUCAACAAAUGGCGAACCAAUGACAGCAACAAAAUCUUCAUCAACAUCUGAUCAAGAUACUUCAACUUCGGCAAUACCAAAAGCAUUUUCAUGUUCAGCAUGUUUACUACAAUCAUACCGUUUAUGA